UGGGGGCAAGUGUGGGUUUUUGGUGGCGUUGACGAGGUUGGUGAAGCCGAGCAUGAGGGCGUCUAACCAGGCGGGUAAUUCUGCUGUGGCGGAUGAGUCGACGGGCUUGGAGACGCCGCUGAUUACGGAAUUGCAGCCUGCGAGGUGUACAUCCUGGCAGUCAGAACUCACAUCCCUAACCCGCCACAACACCUCUCUCACCACCGAACUCUCGGCCCUACUCUCUCUCCGCAGAAAGCGGAAGAGGAGGAAGGAGCAGGGGGGUGGGGGAGAGAGGGAUUGUGCGAAUUGUCAGGCGCGGACGACGCCGGAGUGGAGGAGGGGUCCGAGUGGGAAGAGGGAUUUGUGUAAUGGCUGUGGAUUGAGGUGGGCUAAGAAGGUAUAG